AUGUUAGAUGAAAUUCAUAGACAAGAACGUGAAGAGCUAGAGAACAAGCUUGAAGCAAAAGACAAAAACAUACAGAAAAGAAUACCACGUUCGGUACCAAAAGGAAAGGAAAAGAACUAUAAGUAUAUGAUUUAUACUGAAGAGAUGGAAAAUGAAGAAGACAGAGAUAUGGUUAUGUUGCAUUUAGUCAGAAGAAACAACAAAAGCUUUUACGACCUUGCUAAGAUUUACAAAUCUGACAGAAAUUGGUUCUAUCGCGAAAACUUACCGAUUUCAAUGACCCCAAAUGAAGAUGUGAAACAAAUAGUUCAAGAUACGUUACCUCAAACACACUAUGAUAUGAAAGGUUGUACAAUACUUACAUUCAAAGAAGAUUUGCCAUUGUUAAAGGAAAAAAUAACAGAGUAUUUUGACAACUUCAAACAAGCAGAGUAA